UUGCACUAGGCAACUAGUAGAGUUUAGGAAAAGAAUCAAGAAAAGAGAGAGACCCAAUGCAAAACCAAGAGUUGUGGUUAGGGUUUUGAGGCAAACUUUGCCAAUGCCAAUGCUGAGCAGCAUGCACUCCUCUCUCCUCUCCUACAACCACCACCAAAUGCCGAGGCAAUCCCUCACCACUCGCUGCUACCACCACCACCACCACCACUUGCUCUCUCCUCUCCUCGUCUUCCUCUUGCUAUCCACACUUCUACCGCUUUCAGCUACAAACAUUGAGGUUGUCACGCUACAUUCAUGGCUUCAAACCUCUACCUUGCCCCCGCCGUCCUCAUCGGAUUUCUCCAACUGGAACCCUAAAGACCCCAACCCUUGUAGCUGGUCCUACAUAACCUGUUCUCCUCAAAACUUUGUCACCGAAAUCAAUAUCCAAUCCCUUGAGCUAGCCCUUCCCCUUCCUUCCAAUCUCUCCUCCCUUGCCUCUCUCCAAAAGCUCAUCAUUUCUGGUGCUAACCUAACCGGGACACUCUCACCCGAUAUCGGAUACUGCAAUGCACUUACUGUCAUUGAUGUUAGCUCAAACAGUCUUGUGGGAGAGAUUCCUUCAACCAUUGGAAAGCUGCAAAAUCUUCAGGACUUGAUUUUAAAUUCUAACCAACUCACUGGGCAGAUACCAGAAGAGCUUGGAGAUUGCACCAGCCUGAAGAAUCUCCACGUAUUUGACAACUAUCUCUCCGGGAGUAUUCCUGCCGAGCUUGGCAAACUAGUAAACUUGGAAGUUAUUCGUGCCGGUGGGAACAAAGACAUUUCGGGAAAAAUCCCCGAUGAGCUUGGAAACUGCAAGAACUUGCAGGUGCUUGGCCUUGCUGAUACUAAAGUUUCCGGCUCCUUACCUGCUUCAUUAGGUAAACUACGCAUGCUGCAAACUCUGUCUGUUUAUACCACAAUGAUUUCGGGUGAGAUUCCGCCGGAGAUUGGCAACUGUUCGGAGCUUGUGAACUUGUUUUUGUACGAGAAUGAUCUGUCCGGUUCGCUACCAUCAGAGUUAGGUAAGCUUCAGAAAUUGGAGAAGAUGUUACUGUGGCAAAACAAUCUGGAUGGUAUUAUUCCUGAGGAAAUUGGUAACUGCAGAAGCUUGAUGACCAUAGAUCUCUCUUUGAAUUCUGUCUCUGGAAGCAUACCACAAUCAUUCGGGAACCUCUCGAAUCUCCAAGAGCUUAUGCUUAGCAACAAUAACAUUUCUGGUUCAAUCCCAUCAGUUCUUUCCAAUGCUACAAAACUCUUGCAACUUCAGCUCGACACUAAUCAGAUUUCGGGCUUAAUCCCAACUCAGUUUGGAAUGUUGCCAGAGCUGACAGUGUUUUUCGCUUGGCAGAACAAACUCGAAGGCAGCAUUCCAUCCGAAUUGGCUAGCUGUAAGAGCCUUCAGGCUCUUGAUCUCUCACACAAUGCUCUCACCGGUAGCUUACCUCCUGGCCUAUUUCAGCUCCAAAAUUUAACCAAGCUUCUAUUGAUUUCUAAUGAACUUUCCGGUUCAAUACCUUCUGAUAUUGGAAAUUGCAGCUCUCUUAUCCGUCUCCGCCUUGUAAACAACAGAAUCAGUGGAGAGAUCCCAAAAGAAAUUGGGUUUCUCGACAACCUUAGCUUCCUUGAUCUGUCCGAAAACAAUCUUGUUGGUCCGCUGCCUGAUGAAAUUGGAAAAUGCAGUUCACUGCAGCUGCUGAACUUAAGUAACAAUACCCUUGGAGGUACAUUGCCUAGCCUUUUCUCUUCCCUCACACGGCUUGAGGUACUGGAUGUCUCUGUGAAUCAAAUUUUGGGUCAGAUUCCCGAGAGUUAUGGCAAGCUUGCUUCACUUAACCGGCUCAUCCUCAGCGGGAACUCCCUCUCUGGACUGAUCCCCUCUUCCCUUGGUCAUUGUUCAAGCCUUCAGCUACUUGAUCUUAGCAGCAACAAGCUCAGUGGCGCAAUCCCCGAGGACUUGUUUGAGAUUGAAGCUCUUGACAUUGCUCUAAACCUGAGUUUCAAUGCCCUAUCCGGUGUAAUCCCACGGCAGAUCUCUGCUCUGAACAAGCUGUCCAUACUAGACCUUUCACACAACAAGCUUGAAGGUGACUUGUUGGUGUUAUCCGGGCUUGCAAAUCUUGUUUCCUUGAACAUCUCAUAUAACAAUUUUACCGGCUAUCUCCCCGAUGAAAAGCUCUUUCGACAGUUGUCACCAACAGACCUGGCAGGAAACAAAGGGUUGUGCUCUAGAGGCCAUGACCAAUGUUUCAUCAGCAAUGGGACCCCAAUGAGCAUGACAAAUAGUGGCCGUUUCAGGAGGUCAUGGAGGCUUAAGUUAGCCAUUGGAUUGUUGAUUGCCUUGACCAUUGCCUUAGCAAUUUUCGGGGCUGUUGCAGUGUAUCGAACGCGAAAGAUGAUGGGAUACGAAAACGAUUCUGAGAUGGGAGGGGACUCGUGGCCUUGGCAGUUUACUCCCUUCCAGAAGGUAAAUUUUUCGGUGGAUCAAGUACUAAAAUGUUUGGUGGAAACCAAUGUAAUAGGAAAGGGAUGUUCAGGAGUUGUUUACCGGGCGGAAAUGGAGAACGAGGACAUUGCAGUAAAGAAGCUCUGGCCAACAAAGAUCGCUACUAGAUAUGACUGUCAACGUGACAGGUUUGGAAUCAAUGCAGGCGUUCGUGAUUCCUUUUCAGCUGAGGUGAAGACCCUCGGCUCAAUUCGCCACAAGAACAUUGUUAGGUUCUUGGGUUGCUGUUGGAAUCGAAACACGAGACUGCUAAUGUAUGAGUACAUGUCGAAUGGGAGCUUGGGCGGUUUACUUCACGAAAGAAGUGGUAACUGCUUGGAAUGGGAAUUGAGAUAUCGGAUUGUGCUGGGAGCGGCACAAGGCUUGGCCUACUUGCAUCACGAUUGCGUUCCUCCGAUUGUUCACAGGGACAUCAAGGCCAAUAACAUCCUCAUUGGUCCGGACUUUGAGCCCUGCAUUGCUGAUUUCGGGCUUGCCAAGCUUGUUGACGAAGGAGAUUUUGCUCGAUCCUCCAACACAGUUGCUGGUUCUUAUGGCUACAUUGCUCCUGAAUAUGGAUACAUGAUGAAGAUAACAGAGAAAAGUGACGUAUACAGCUACGGUGUAGUUGUGUUAGAAGUACUAACAGGGAAACAACCGAUUGAUCCAACCAUACCAGACGGGUUGCACAUUGUAGAUUGGGUUAGGCAGAAAAGAGGGGGAGUUGAAGUCCUCGAUCAAAGCCUACUUGCCAGGCCAGAGUCGGAAAUUGAAGAAAUGCUGCAGACUCUAGGUGUGGCGUUGCUCUGCAUAAACUCAAACCCAGAUGACAGACCAACCAUGAAAGACGUAGCGGCAAUGCUCAAAGAAAUAAGGCAGGAGAGGGAGGAGUGCAUGAAAGCUAACAUGCUUCGAAACGGAUCUUCUGAAAAUGGUGGACAAGAAAUUAACAUAACUUGCAGUGGAGGAAGCUCAUCGGCUAUGGCGGUGCAGCAACAUUCGUACCCUUCGAGUACCAGCGCAAGUUUCUCAGCAUCCUCAUUGCUAAACACUUCUCCUUCUCCUAAUGUCCGAAAAAGUUCCAAAUAAUUAAUCAUCAAAUAAGAAGUUGUUUCAGACUUCAGCUAGGAAAUUUGU